AUGAGAGAUUAUAUUUUACCUCCUGUAUUUCUUCCCCUUAGCUCAGGCAACAUUGAGGGGGUAAUCCAUAAAGAAGUUAAUUCUUACCGUGAUGUGUUUGUGAAGAUUGUCGAAGGUAAAAACCUCCAGGAGGGAGAUCUGUUUUCUAAAGGAGAUUUCUUUGUCUCUCUGUGGCUGCCAACAGCAUCUUUAAAAACCUACCGAACUAGAACUAUUCCAAAUUCAAGCAACCCUAUUUGGAAUGAAUCUUUUCAUUUCCAGAUCCACAAUCAAGUCAAGAACAUUUUGGAGCUCUCUGUCUAUGAUGAAGAUAAGUUCAACAAUGACUGUGUUGCUAGACUGCUGCUCGAUGUGGACAAAAUUCCACCAGGAACUACCAUCUCUGACAGCAUCUCCCUGAUACCAGAGGGAUCUGAGGUACUGCUGUUUGAGCUGAGAGCCGAGGAAAGGCCCGACCUUUUAGGGGAAAUCACUACAAAUGGUGUGUUAGUGACUCGUCCUUUUUCAUGUAUAGAAAUAUCAGUGCUAGAAAAUGAAAAUAAAACAUAUCUAAAUGACGAUGAACGACUAAGUCUAAAGCUAUCUGGAGCCUAUGAAGAAAUGCAUAAAUGGAACACACCACACAACAAAGAGGAACACUUCCAUUUUCAUGCAACUGCGGAUAUGGAGUUAGAGCUGGAGGUUAACUUAACAAAGGUUGCUGGCAAAUCUAAGACAGACUCAAGAAAUAAACAGGAAAAUGAAGAGGACGAAGAGGAAAAUGAAGAGUUGAUUGGCACAACAACUGUACCAAUACAUCUGUUAAAGGAAAAUCAGGAUAAAACUGUACGGGUUGCUUUUGGAAAGGAGAGAAGUGUGGAUCUUAAGCUAAGAGCUAAAGAAUGCUCUGAAGAUCUAGACAUACGGUUGGGAUUUGAUAUUUCUGAACAUGAGAAGCAUUUCUUGAAGAAAAGGAAGAAAAUUGUUUCUGAAACAAUAAGAGAUGCCCUCAGCUUAACAAACAACCUUGAAGAAAAUGAGGUUCCAGUAGUUGCAGUAGUUGGUUCUGGUGGUGGGAUGAGGGCAAUGACUUCACUUUAUGGCAGUCUGUCAGGGCUGCAAAAGUUGAAACUAUUGGACUGUGUCACAUAUAUUGUAGGAGUUUCUGGCUCAACAUGGUGUAUGUCAAAUUUAUAUGAAAAUCCAAAGUGGUCCCAGGAAAACCUGCAGACAGCAAUCCACAGAGCACAGGAUCAAGUGUGCCACAGCAAGAUGGGAUUUUUCUCUGCUGAACGUUUGAACUACUACUCAAGGGAGAUAAAGAAGAGGACUGCAAGGGGUCAGACUGUUUCUUUCUCUGACAUCUGGGGGCUUAUUAUUGAAUACCUGAUACACGGGAAGGAGAACACUGCCAAGCUUUCUGACCAACAGAAAGGAGUAGAGGAGGGCCAGAACGCUUAUCCCAUCUACACAGCUGUUAAUGUGAAAGAAGACGUACAUUUUCAGGAAUUAGCAGAGUGGUGUGAGUUCACGCCUCAUGAAGUUGGUUUCCCAAAAUAUGGAGCCUUUAUAAGAGCAGAAGAUUUUGGCAGUGAGUUUUUCAUGGGAAGACUAAUGAAGAGUAACCCAGAGUCUCGCAUCUGCUAUCUUCAAGGUCUGUGGAGCAGCAUUUUCUCUGUAAGUCUGGCAGAUGUGUGGCAGUUAGCAACAGGGUCCAGCAGUGCCCCAGGAUGGCUGAAAAACAUGUUUGAUAAUAAUGAUGAGUUUACUGACUUGUCUAAAAUCACAUCCUCAAAGUUUGUUACCAGCCUUACAUCACCAGAAGGUUUAUUUUCACAUUUCCUUGAAGAGGCAUUGAUUAGCCGCCCAGCUGUAGGAGAGAAUUACAACUUCUUAAAAGGCUUCCACAUGCACAGAGACUACAGACAGCAUGGAGGCUUCAUUGCUUGGAUGGGUACCGAUGAGGAAGACAACCCCAACUACCUGACACCAGCUGAGAAGAAACUGCACUUGGUUGACGCUGGAUUUUCUAUCAACACGGGUUUUCCUCCACUCUUCAGACCUGAAAGACAGGUUGAUGUUAUCCUAUCAUUUAACUACACAUGGGGAUCACAGUUCAAGGCAUUAAAGCAGACAGAAGAAUAUUGCGCAGCACGUAACAUUCCUUUUCCAAAAGUCAACCUGCAUGGAAUUGACAACAGCAACCUGAAGGAGUGCUACCUGUUUGUUGAUGAAGAGAACCCACAAUCUCCCAUAGUGCUUCACUUCCCACUGGUGAAUGACACAUUCAGAACAUACAAAGCCCCAGGCAUCAAACGUAAUUCUGUAAAGGAGAAGACAAAUGGCAGUAUAGAUGUACAAAGUCGAGGAUCACCAUAUCGCACUGCAUACGUGUCAUACUCUGUUGAUGACUUCAGCCAGCUAGUGAACCUUAACUGUUAUAAUGUAAUGAACCAGAAGGAGAUAAUCAUGCAAGCAAUCAACAUGGCGCUUCACAGGAAGAGGCAGAGCAAGCCACAGGCAAUUAGCUGAUAUCAAAAGCUAUUCUGAUGAAGUAAGACUGAAAUUCACCAUGUCCAGAGUUUGGGCUCUGAUUUCACACAUUGUUUCAUUCAUUAAUGGCGCAGGUUUAAAUGUGUGCUAUAGAAGCAUGCAGCUUUCUUUUCAACUCACAGCUGAUUUAAGGUUGCUGUCUCUGAGACUAAUAUGCAUAAAUGAACCAGGAGUUUUCUACAGGGCUAGGAUGGGAUAAUUUGUG